AUGCUGGUCUCGGCCGACGACCAAGUCAAAGCCUACAUCAAGAAAAUCAUGAGCCAGCUCGACAAAUGGAUGGUCGGCGGCAAAAUCUCCAAGCUCGUCAUCGUCAUCACCGACAAAGACACCGGCGAGCACGUUGAGCGAUGGCAAUUCGAUGUCCAAAUCUCAGCUCCAACCAAAUCAAAACUCAAACCAUCCACAACAGACCCCUCCGCCCCAAUCGACGAACAACAGCAACAAGAAAACUCCUCCGCCAACACCACCCUCUUCGCCGACAAAGAAAAGCCCGAAUCCGAAAUCCAGGCCGAAAUCGCCGCCAUCUUCCGCCAAAUCACCGCCUCCGUCACUUUCCUCCCCCAGCUCAACGGCGACUGCACAUUCAACGUCCUAGUCUACGCCGACGCCGACAGCGACGUCCCCGUCGAGUGGGGAGACUCCGACGCCAAGGAGAUUCAAAACGGCGAGAGGGUGCAGUUGAGGGGCUUCAGCACGGCAAAUCAUCGCGUCGAUACGAUUGUCAGCUACAGAUUGGGAGAGUAA